UCCGCAGGGGGAACGUGAGUUUGUAAGGGAUGCGUCUCCACGCCAGAUGGCGCCCUAACACCACUGUAUCCAUAGCCAGUAUUAGCUGGGUGGUAUUCACACCCCCUACCUCCCUCGGCUGCACGGAGGCAUUUUCGGGGCUGUCAUUUCAGCCAAAGACUGAUAUGCACCGGAGCAGCAGCUUUUUCUCUUCAUUGAUAUUUAUCUUUAUGUUUUAUAUUCCCAGUUGCUUUCUUUUAAGACGACUGCCUUGCUAUAAAAGUAUGACGGAGUGUCAAGAAAUCGGCGGUGUUGAUUUCAGUCCGCUUGUUGUUCACUAGGAGUUCAUGGGCUUGGGGUGAUGCUGUCAUGCAGAGCCGCAGCUCCUCGGGGGACUGUCACAUAUUCCUCUUGUCUAUAAAAUAUCAUAUCGUGUUAAUGUGUCAAUAAAAGCGUAUGCUUCAAACGUAGGUACUUACUGCAAUAUUUAAGAACGGAGGUAUGGAUGCACAUGCCGGUUUGCGUCGGAUGUGACAGGAAACAGGCGCAUCAUUUUCGAGAACACAGGCUAACGGCGAGCGUUUUAAGAAUCUAGAAAAGCGGCGAAAAUGGCGAAAAACACGUCUCUUUAUUUUCGCAUUGUGGAAGGACGGAAUCUGCCUGCCAAGGAUGUCUCCGGAACCAGUGACCCAUACUGUAUUGUAAAAGUUGACAGCGAGAUCGUCGCCCGGACAGCCACGGUGUGGAAGAAUCUGAACCCAUUCUGGGGAGAGGAGUACACCCUGCACCUCCCCAUGGGCUUCCACACGCUCUCCCUCUACGUCAUGGAUGAAGACACCAUUGGCCACGAUGAUGUCAUCGGGAAGAUCUCGCUGAGCAAAGAGGCCAUUGCGUCCCAGUCCAAAGGACUGGACGGCUGGCUGAGCCUGCGGCGGGUCGAGCCGGACGAGGAGGUGCAGGGCGACGUCCACCUCAGCCUGGAGCUGCAGACAACCGGCCAGAGGCCCCUCCUGCGCUGUGAUGUCAUCGAGGCCAGGGACCUGGCUCCACGAGAUAUUUCCGGAACUUCUGACCCAUUUGCCAGGGUCCUUUUCAACAACCACAGCGCUGAGACCUCGAUCAUCAAGAAGACACGCUUCCCGCACUGGGGGGAGCAGCUAGAGCUGGAGCUGGAGCCGAGGGAGCUUACUGGAGGGGGCAGCCUGACCCUGGAGAUCUGGGACUGGGACAUGGUGGGCAAGAAUGACUUCCUGGGAAAGGUGGAGAUUUCCCUCACCUGCCUGUUGAAGAGCCCCCUACUGGAGGGCUGGUUCCGCCUGAUGCCCCUCAGAAAUGCCGAGGAUGACGCAGGUAGGAGCAAGCUGGGUGCCGUGCGGCUGAAAGUUCGCCUCAUUGAGGACCAGAUUCUGCCCUCCAUGUGCUACCAGCCCUUGGUGGACCUGCUGGUGGAGUCCGUCAUCUCACCUGCGGAGGUGGAUGAUGUGAGUCCGCUGACCAUGCUGGAGGAGGUGACCAUGACGGAGAGCCGACAAGAUGUGGCCAUGACACUGGUGAAGAUCUACCUAGGCCAGGGCCUGGUGGUGCCCUUCCUGGACUAUCUGAACAUGCGUGAGGUCAACCACACCUCUGACCCCAACACUCUGUUCCGCUCCAAUUCACUGGCCUCCAAAGCCAUGGAGCAGUUCAUGAAGGCCGUUGGCAUGCUGUACCUACACAAGGUGCUAAAACCUGUCCUCAACCGGAUCUUUGAGGAGAAGAAGUACGUUGAACUGGACCCAUGCAAAAUCGAACUGAAUCGAACCAGGCGGAUCUCCUUCAAGGGUGUGGUCUCCGAGGCAGAGGUGCUUGAGAGCAGCGUGGAAGUCCUGCAGGGCUACCUGUUGGCCAUCAUGGAUGCCAUCAUCGGCUCUCUGGCACAGUGCCCCAUCGUGAUGCGUGUCGUCUUCAAGCAGCUGCACAAGCGUGUGGAGGAACAAUUCCCAGGGCCUGAACACGAGGAUGUGAAGUAUCUGGCCAUUGGCGGUUUCCUCUUCCUGCGCUUCGUGGCUCCUGCCAUCCUGACGCCGAAGUUGUUCCACCUGCGAGAGCGACAUGCGGAUGCACGCACUGGUCGCACGCUGCUGCUGCUGGCCAAGGCUGUGCAGAGUGUUGGUAACCUGGGUCUCCAGCUCGGCCAGGGGAAGGAGCAGUGGAUGGCCCCACUGCACCCUGUCAUCCUGAGCAGUGUCGGCUCCUUCAGAGACUUCCUGGACAAGCUCAUCGAUGUUGAUUGUGAGACCGUAGCCUCCUGCUCUGCUAUUCAUCUUUCACUUUGUCCAUGUUCCUCUGGUUGCUGUCAUUUUUUUUAUCUCCCCGUUCUGGCUGUUCACUCUUUAAGCCUAACCCUAAGCCUAACCCUAACCCUACCUCCUUCUGACAUGUCAGACUGUGCAGGGACAGUUUGUAAGGUUUCCUUCACUAACCCAACAAACCCACCCCAGGUGAGGUCCUCCAUCCCCAUGGAGCAUGUUUGCGCUGUGGAGCGUGUCGACGAGAAUGCCUUCCAGUUGCAGCAUAUCAUGCAGGUGCUGAUGCGGGAUGGAGACGGGCAGACAAGCACCAUGUACCUCCAAUGCAAGAAUGUGAACGAGCUGAACCAAUGGCUGUCGGCGAUCCGCAAGGCCAGCAUAGAGACCUCCGGCAAGCUUCCCUCAUACCACCCAGGGACACAUAGAGGGGGGAGGUGGACGUGCUGUCUGCAGAGCGACCGAGGAGCUCACGGCUGCAGCCGAACACAUUCUGCCGUGACUCUGGGAGACUGGAGCGACCCUCUAGACCCCGACGCAGAGGCACAGACCAUCUACAAGCACCUUCUUCAUGGAAGGGACGCACUCAGGGAGCGGUACCUGGAGCUGCCGGAUGAUGACGCCGGGAGGAAGCCCCAGACCUCCAGCCAGUCCUCAGACGACACAGCGUGUGCUACGCUGCUGGCCCGGCGUGGACAAGCUGUGGCCUCCAGGCUGCUGGCCGUGGUACUGGACCUGGAAGGUGCCCACCUGACCUUCCAGCAGCGGGAAGCUGAGGAGGCCAUCAACCACAUCAUGACCCCCUAGGCUUGGGGGCUGUGGGGGGCUGGGAGGGCUGGGGACCCUGGGUAUUAACAGUUCAUGGGCUGUCUUACGUCCUGCUGGUUUUUUGUUCAUGAGUGGGCCCUGUCCUGCUGAUUGGCUGAUUAUGGCUGGGGCUUCAUUUCCCACUCUGGAUGUUGCACGCACCAUACUUGUCUGUUGUGUCAGAGAAGCAUGUCUGCAGAUUACGGGCUCUUCAUGGAACCUCCUUGUCAUUGGACCUACAGGAGUCACGGGCAUUGGCGCCCUGCCAAGUGUGUGAGUUUUUUUACUUCUACUCCUUGAAUUGGACCUUUGCGAGGUGGUGCCAAUCACCAUAGUGACUUCUCAAUUGCCCUGUGGUUUCUGUGAGAGGGUAGUGGUGUGGCUCUGUUUAUUUAAGGUGGUCCUGUGGUCAUCCCACAGUCUGCACUGUCCGUAUGCUGUAUAUCCUCCUCUUGUUGGAGCAUGUGCCCUUUCCUCAAAGAGUGCCAUUUUGCCUGGCCCCGCCCCCUCCUUGCAAAAUAUGGGUGGAGCCAAACAUGGGAGUUAGUGUGGGCAAUGACAUAUAUUUAGUCUACCUGCAAUCACAAUACUGGAAGUGCAAUGAUUUGACCACCAUACUAGAGAAGUUGAAGCAAUUCCUGCAGUGAAAUGUAGUCCUGAAUCACUCCAGAGACUUAAAUUUAGGCUUAAAUAAAAUAGAUAAAACACAUUUCAGAGACUAAACUAAAUCUAAAAUUAAAUCUAAGAACUAAAUAGCAAAUAAGUGAUAUGAACACUCAAGUAAUUAGGAUUUAAAGUGGCAUUGUGCUUGUCCAGUGUGGGUUCUAGUGAGUGAGGCAUGUCUUGGUUGAGGAGCCAGAUGACCUGAGGAAAAAAGCUCCUUCUGAGUCUCUCUGUUCUAGUCAUGAGGCUGCGGAACCAUUUGCCUGAGUUCAGCAGACGGAACAGACACUUGAUGAGAUGGGAAGGGUUUUUAAUGAGUUUGAUGGCUUUGGUCCUGCAGAGCCUGGUGUAGAUGUCCUGUAGGGAGGGAAGAUAAGAUCUGCAGCUGCACUCUGCUGCUUUGAUCACUCACCGCAGGGCUUUGCAGUCUUGGAUGGAGUAGUUACCAAACCACGCUGUGAUGCUCAUGGUCAGGAUGCUUUCAAUAGCACCUCUGUAGAAGGUCUUUAGGAUCGUAGAAAAAAACUUAAACCUCCUUAAUUGCCUCAAAUGAUAAAGUUGUUGCCUUGCCUUAGUAAUUUGUCCAUGUACACUAUAUUGCCAAAAGUAUUGGGGCACCUGCCUUCACACACACACAUGAACUUUAAUGACAUCCCAUUCUUAAUAAAUAUGCUUUAGUAUAGAGUUGGCCCACCCUUUGCAGCUUUGUGAUUUUAUGCGGCCUAUCACUUCGUGGCUGAGUUGCUGUUGUUCCCAAUUGCUUCCACUUUGUUAUAAUACCACUAACAGUUGACCGUGGAAUAUUUAGUAGUGAGGAAAUUUCACGA